AUGAAGGUGGUGCUUGCACAGCAGUGCAAUUUGAGCCCGAAGCUCGCCAAGGCGAAGCUGGCGGCGCUGCAGAUCGCCGGCGAGGCGAUACCGCCAGAGCUGCUCGCCGCGGCCAACGCCACGCCCAACAAGCCCCAGGAGGACCCAUGGGUUUGGGAGGGCCGCGGUGAGCAGUCCUGCCCUUUGGGGCCAACGCCUGCCCCGAAGGAGGAUCGAAAACGAGAGGAUCGAAAACGACCAGAGGACCGAAAGCGGCCCAGAGACAGCAGCCAUCACCGCACUCGGCGGAGAGAUAGCAGAGAGCCUGAAGGCCGGCGCAGCAGGUCGCGGCGGCAUCGCAAGCGCCGAAGGGAGGCGGGCACGCUGGAUGUCAAAGCUCGGGCACCCGCGACUUCUCGGGAGGAGAAGGCAGGUUGGCCAGCAUGUACGGGAGAGAGACAGGCAGGAAGCCAGGCGACGGAAGAUGAUGAGGUGAAGGCGAUCCCCAACACGGAGCUCUUUGUCCUGGGCUCCUCGGAGUCGUACUCAUAUGAGAUGGAGGAAGAGGCCGCAGAGAAGGAGAGGAGCGGCAAGCCCGCGAGCGCAAAGAGGAAGAGGAGCGCUUGGCUGCUGAGGCCAAGAGACAAGCAGAAGAGGCACAGCGGAAGGUAG